GAAAUCACUGACUGAAAGGACAAUUUUAGAAGCCCUUAAAGACAGACACGCAGGAUGAUUUCUAUGUAUCCGUAUUGCCUGGUACGUAGUCAGUUUUUAUUUCAUCUGCUUUUCCUUAACAUGAGCAUUGAAGCAUUGAAACUGGAUAUAGUUAUCUAACACAUAAUAAAAGUAUGGCUCCAGUGACAAUCGAUUUGAAUAAAUAUGUGCAGUACCUAUGGCGGCUCUGUAUAUAUGUAUUAUAACAUGCACACAGACUGCACAGACACAUUGUAACACAUGCGCGUGUCUGCACUGAGACAUGUAAAGUGACAGCUGUCAUUCCACACGUUCCUGUACCCUCAGCUGUUCCAGGGCCGAGCAGUGAGUCACAAAUAACUGAGCCAGUGAGUGGGGGAUGAGCUGGCACUCACAGUCCUCCUUCUGGACACUCAGAUCUACCCGUGUACUUCGACAGGUCGGUCACACUCUAUCUCUAUCUGCCCUACUCCAUCUCUGUCUGUCUCUUUUCCCUCUCUCUGUCCUGGAUCGCUCUCUCAUUACCUCUCUGUCUGUCUCCCUGUCUCUACUCACUCUCUCAUUCAAUUUCCAUGUCUCUCUGUCUCCCUCUGUCUCUACUUGCUCUCACAUUCCCUCUCUGUCUCUCUCUGUCUCUGCUUGCUCUGUCUCAUUCUCUCUCUGUCUUUGCUCGCUCUCUCAUUACCUCUCUUUGUCUCUCUCUUUCUCUGCGUCUCUCUCUGUCUCUGCUCAUUCUCUCUCUCUGUCUCUCUCCGUGUCUGCUCUGUCUGUAUUCCCCCCCCCCAACACACUCUCUUGUCUGCCAGCAGACUGCUGUUCCUGGUAAUAUCUUUGCAGAGAGCCCCUGACUCCAAGCAGGUAACUUGCUGAUAAUAGGCUGUGAUUUUAGUGUGACCUUGAACUGUGCUGUUUGUACCUCUCUGAUUUCUCAGUGACAACACCUCAGCCUGACAUGGAAGGAUCACUUACUACCCGUAUACAAUCACCCAAUUAUCUGUGAUUGACCAUUAACCAUGCAUUAAUUUAAACUUAAAAUCUGCCCCUCUACUCUUAGGAUCCCAACAAUUACCCUCAAAAUCUUCCCUUCUGUUCUUAGGAAACCCCCCCCCAAUUAUCUUCAGAUCUACCCCUCUACUCUAAUAUCCCCACAUUCCCCUCAGGAUCUGACCAACAUUAAUAUACUGCUAAAAUCCCCCCGAUUCCCCUCCGAAUCGGCCCUGAGAAUGAACUUAUUCACACUGAUAAAAUGCCAUUUUAAGGAACAAUGCACACAUAAAAAUGUGCUGUUAAGAAUUGGGGCCUUAACAAAAUAUGACCAUAUGAUGGAACUGAAUCCCUAUGUUUGUUUGCUGAGAGGCAAUUUAUGUAGCCAUAUAAGAUAUACAAAUGUAUUUUUAUGUAUGUGCUGUCCUUUAAUCUGUAUAUUGUAUAACCUGUGAUCGCUACAGCAGUGCCACUCCUGCAAAAUGCAUGUUUCGGGUCCACCCUUAAUUCCCUUUUGUCUUUAAUAUGCUAUUUUAACAGAGACUGUGCCAAUUCACUCUGUAAGUCUGCGCAUUCACCCUGAGAAUCUGACCAUUCACCCUGAAAAUCUGACCAUUCACUCUGAGAAUCUGUCCAUUCACCCUGAGAAUCUGUCCAUUCACCCUGAGAAUCUGACCAUUCACUCUGUAAAUCUGUCCAUUCACCCUGAGAAUCUGUCCAUUCACCCUGAGAAUCUGACCAUUCACUCUGUAAAUCUGUCCAUUCACCCUGAGAAUCUGUCCAUUCACCAUGAGAAUCUGACCAUUCACUCUGAACAAGAUCCCCUUCAUACCUAAAUCUUUGAAUAUCCAGUGCUGAGCUCAUCAGCCUCCUUCCAUGUAGCUUUUCCCUUCAGUAACGUUGUCCUCGGAACUCCGAGGUCUUUCCUGAUAUUCUAAUUAAAGUAACUGAAACUCUCCCAUGGUAAGUCUGAUAUACAGCAGGGCAUGCUUUGCAAAAACCUUGGCUAGCGAUACACAGAGGGCCUCAUUCACUAAACAACAAACUAGUAAAUGGCGAUAUCCUCCAACUAGACUAUAAUCACAGCUCGGCUAAUCCAACUUUAUUUCGUAAUUCUGAUUUCAAUUAGUCAGUGAUUAGUUAAUACAUUCGUUAUAUAGAAGUCAAUAUUGUACAGGUUAAUCAAAGUUGGAAGCGCACUCUGCCCCUCACAAUGGAAUCCAAGGUGCUUCUUGGAAAGUCCCAGUACCCAUAGGACCAAUAGUAGAUAAUUGUAGAAAAUAAUCCAGGCACUCCAAUAGAUUCCAAAUAUUAAGGCAAUUUAUUUGAACCAAGGACUACAAAGCAACAUUUCAGCCCUAUCAGGGCUUUUUUGAAGCUUGAAAAAAGCCCUGAUAGGGCUGAAACGUUGCUUUGUAGUCCUUGGUUCAAAUAAAUUGCCUUAAUAUUUGGAAUCUAUUGGAGUGCAUGGAUUAUUUUCUACAAUAUUGUACAGGUUGUCUUAUUUUCUAGCUCAGGGAAAAUAUAAUGUACUAUUUACCAUUUAUGGAAAGUUUUUAGAAAAACCUCAUGAAAAUGAAUAAAUAAUAUCUAUCGAAAUAAGAGAAAUUCCGGGGCAGCAUUGUAAAUGCCGAGAAAUCACCACGUUAAGCCUUAGAAUAGAACUUGUGUAGAUAGACAGAAAAAAACCAACAACAAACACACAAACACACACACACACAACAAGUCAUACCUUUCAUAAUAAAACUCGUAACAACACGCCAACUGUCCAUCCUCUACCUGAGCAAAACACCUGGGGGGAGAGGGGGGAAGAUUAAAAACUCUAAAAUAGAUACCAGGUCUAAACUGGCUGGUAAAAAGUGACACUCUGGUAGAUAUCCCUGGCUGGUAAAUGGAGACACUCUGGUAGAUAUCCCUGGCUGGUAAAUGGUGACACUCUGGUAGAUAUCCCUGGCUGGUAAAUAGUGACACUCUGGUAGAUAUCCCUGGCUGGUAAAUAGUGACACUAUGGUAGAUAUCCCUGGCUGGUAAAUAGUGACACUCUGGUAGAUAUCACUGGCUGGUAAAUAGUGACACUCUGGUAGAUAUCCCUGGCUGGUAAAUAGUGACAUUCUGGUAGAUAUCCCUGGCUGGUAAAUAGUGACACUAUGGUAGAUAUCCCUGUCUGGUAAAUAGUGACACUCUGGUAGAUAUCCCUGGCUGGUAAAUAGUGACACUCUGGUAGAUAUCCCUGGCUGGUAAAUAGUGACACUCUGGUAGAUAUCCAUGGCUGGUAAAUAGUGACACUCUGGUAGAUAUCACUGGCUGGUAAAUAGUGACAUUCUGGUAGAUAUCACUGGCUGGUAAAUGGUGACACUCUGGUAGAUAUCACUGGCUGGUAAAUAGUGACACUCUGGUAGAUAUCCCUGUCUGGUAAAUAGUGACACUCUGGUAGAUAUCCCUGUCUGGUAAAUAGUGACACUCUGGUAGAUAUCCAUGGCUGGUAAAUAGUGACACUCUGGUAGAUAUCACUGGCUGGUAAAUAGUGACAUUCUGGUAGAUAUCACUGGCUGGUAAAUGGUGACACUCAGGUAGAUAUCCCUGGCUGGUAAAUAGUGACAUUCUGGUAGAUAUCCCUGUCUGGUAAAUAGUGACAUUCUGGUAGAUAUCCCUGUCUGGUAAAUAGUGACAUUCUGGUAGAUAUCACUGGCUGGUAAAUAGUGACACUCAGGUAGAUAUCCCUGGCUGGUAAAUAGUGACACUCUGGUAGAUAUCACUGGCUGGUAAAUAGUGACACUCUGGUAGAUAUCACUGGCUGGUAAAUGGUGACACUCUGGUAGAUAUCCAUGGCUGGUAAAUAGUGACACUCUGGUAGAUAUCACUGGCUGGUAAAUAGUGACACUCUGGUAGAUAUCACUGGCUGGUAAAUGGUGACACUCUGGUAGAUAUCACUGGCUGGUAAAUAGUGACACUCUGGUAGAUAUCCCUGGCUGGUAAAUAGUGACACUCUGGUAGAUAUCCCUGGCUGGUAAAUGGUGACACUCUGGUAGAUAUCCCUGGCUGGUAAAUAGUGACACUCUGGUAGAUAUCCCUGGCUGGUAAAUAGUGACACUCUGGUAGAUAUCACUGGCUGGUAAAUGGUGACACUCUGGUAGAUAUCCCUGGCUGGUAAAUAGUGACACUCUGGUAGAUAUCCAUGGCUGGUAAAUAGUGACACUCUGGUAGAUAUCCCUGGCUGGUAAGAAUUACAUUCUGAGAAGGUAGAUAUCCCUGGCUGGUAAAUGGUGACAUUCUGGUAGAUAUCCUAGCUGGUAGGCCGAGGAGACACUCUAAUUGGAAAUAUCCUAGCUGGUAAAUAUAGUGACAUUCUGGUAGAUAUCCUAGCCUUUUGAAAAGUAUAUAGAGACAUUCUGGUAGAUAUCACUGUCUAGUAAAUUGCUUGACUUGGUAGAUAUCCCUGGCACAGUAAAUAGUGACACUAUGAUGGAAUAUCCUUUUAGCUGAUAAAUAAACAUUCUGGUAGAUAUCCCUGGCUGGUAAAUAGUGACAUUCUGGUAGAUAUCACUGGCUGGUAAAUGAAGAGUGACAUUCCUGGUAGAUAUCUGUCUGGUAAAGCCAGAGACGAUACAGGUGGAAUAUCCCUGGCUGGUAAAUAGUGACACUCUGGUAGAUAUCACUGGCUGGUAAAUAGUGACACUCUGGUAGAUAUCCCUGGCUGGUAAAUAGAGACAUUCUGGUAGAUAUCACUGUCUGGUAAAUUGUGACAUUCUGGUAGAUAUCACUGGCUGAUAAAUAGUGACAUUCUGGUAGAUAUCCCUGGCUGGUAAAUAGUGACACUCUGGUAGAUAUCCAUGGCUGGUAAAUAGUGACACUCUGGUAGAUAUCACUGGCUGGUAAAUAGUGACACUCUGGUAGAUAUCACUGGCUGGUAAAUGGUGACACUCUGGUAGAUAUCCCUGGCUGGUAAAUAGUGACACUCUGGUAGAUAUCCAUGGCUGGUAAAUAGUGACACUCUGGUAGAUAUCACUGGCUGGUAAAUAGUGACACUCUGGUAGAUAUCCCUGGCUGGUAAAUAGUGACACUAUGGUAGAUAUCCCUGGCUGGUAAAUAGUGACAUUCUGGUAGAUAUCCCUGGCUGGUAAAUUGUGACAUUCUGGUAGAUAUCCCUGGCUGGUAAAUAGUGACACUCAGGUAGAUAUCCCUGGCUGGUAAAUGGUGACAUUCUGGUAGAUAUCCCUGGCUGGUAAAUAGAGACACUCUGGUAGAUAUCCCUGGCUGGUAAAUGGUGACAUUCUGGUAGAUAUCCCUGGCUGGUAUAUAGAGACAUUCUGGUAGAUAUCACUGUCUGGUAAAUUGUGACAUUCUGGUAGAUAUCACUGUCUGGUAAAUUGUGACAUUCUGGUAGAUAUCACUGGCUGAUAAAUAGUGACAUUCUGGUAGAUAUCCCUGGCUGGUAAAUAGUGACAUUCUGGUAGAUAUCCCUGUCUGGUAAAUAGAGACAUUCUGGGUAGAUAUCCCUGGCUGGUAAAUAGUGACACUCUGGUAGAUAUCACUGGCUGGUAAAUAGUGACACUCUGGUAGAUAUCCCUGGCUGGUAAAUUGUGUCAUUCUAGUAGAUAUCCCUGGCUGGUAAAUAGUGACAUUCAGGUAGAUAUCCCUGUCUGGUAAAUAGAGACAUUCUGGUAGAUAUCACUGGCUGAUAAAUAGUGACAUUCUGGUAGAUAUCCCUGGCUGGUAAAUAGAGACAUUCUGGUAGAUAUCACUGGCUGAUAAAUAGUGACAUUCUGGUAGAUAUCCCUGGCUGGUAAAUUGUGACAUUCUGGUAGAUAUCCCUGGCUGGUAAAUAGUGACACUCUGGAAGAUAUCACUGGCUGGUAAAUAGUGACACUCUGGUAGAUAUCACUGGCUGGUAAAUGGUGACAUUCUGGUAGAUAUCCCUGGCUGGUAAAUAGUGACAUUCUGGUAGAUAUCCCUGUCUGGUAAAUAGAGACAUUCUGGUAGAUAUCCCUGUCUGGUAAAUUGUGACAUUCUGGUAGAUAUCACUAGCUGGUAAAUAGUGACAUUCUAGUAGAAAUCCCUGGCUGGUAAAUUGUGACACUAUGGUAGGUUUUGUGAUCUAGAGUGAAGUUCAUCAAAUCAUUGUCUUCAGUAAGUUUCUGUGUGUCUUUCAGAAUGUCGAAGCCUCAGUUGAUGCAGGGUAUGCAAAAGGAUCUCACGUGCCAACUAUGCCUUGAACUCUUCCGAUCCCCUAUCACCCCCGAAUGUGGUCAUACCUUCUGCCAAGGUUGCUUAACUGGGGCCUCUAAGAGCCAGGGUGAAAAUGGAUCUACACUGUGCCCAACAUGCCAGGCUCCAUCUCGACCUGAGACCCUUCAUAUCAACCGUCAGCUGGAGCAUCUGGUGGAAAGUUUCAAGAAGGUCCCUCAAGGCCACUGCCUCGAACAUUUGGACCCAUUGAGUGUUUUCUGUGAGCAGGACAAGGAGCUCAUCUGUGGCGUGUGUGCAUCACUUGGCAAGCACAAGGGUCACAAUAUUAUCACAGCUUCCGAGGCCUACAGCAAAAUGAAGGUAGAAUUCUACUCGCGCCAUUACACAUUACUUAACACAAGUCUGCGUGGCCAGAUACAAAACAACACAGCUGGUUCUAAAUGUGUUAUAAAAUGCAACACAACUUAAUACAAUACCUUAUCAUACAAUACAGCACAACACAACCCUAUAUUAUGCAAUAUUGUUCAACACAACCCUGCACUGUAAAAAAAAAUUCAACACAAGCCUAUAAUAUACAAUAUCGUUCAACACAACUCUACAUGAUACAGCACAGUUCAAUACAACUCUGUAUUAUACAAUACAGUUAAACACAACCUGUAUGAUACAGUUUAACACAUCUCUAUAUUAUACAAUACAAUCAACCCAGCCCUGCGUUAUAUAGAAAAGGUCAACACAACCCAACAUUUUACAAGCCAGCUCAACAUAACCCGACAUUAACAAUACAACCCAGUACAUCACAACUCUGCAUUAUACAACACUCCACAACUGACACUUCCACUUCAAAAAAACUCAUACAUAGAACUUGACACAACCCAAUAUUACACAACAUAGCUCAACACACUGUUAUAAAACAGAUCAAUACAACUAACCCCACUAUUGGUCCUUAAGGGUUUAAAUAUAAUUGUGGUCCAUUUAUUGUAAGGUUUGAUGUACUACAUCUUUAUUACUCCAGAUUAUAUAAAUCCACAUUAGCCAGCCCAGUAGGUGUUAGCCUUUGUGAUGCAAUACAACUGUACAGAAAGCAAAUGUAUCCAAUUACAUCAAUAUCCCCUCAUUUACUUCACAUAAACCCAUUACAUAGUUACAUUAGCAUUGACGGACAUUGGUUCAUAUUUUUUACUCUCUCCUUCCCUCUAGAGGCAACUGCCGCAACAGCAAGUUCUCCUGCAGGAGGCUCGGCUAAAAAAGGAGAAGACAGUGGCCUUGCUGGACAGACAGGUGGCUGAGGUGCAGGUCAGUGUGAAACCACAUUUUAAGAAGUUCCCACAUUCUAUUCCAUUCUAUUCCACCAAAUUUAACCCCAUGUCAUGUUCUGGUACCUUGCUGUGACCAAAAUCAGAUGGGUAAUAUCUAAAUUUUCAUAUUCUUAAACCCUGCUAAUUUCCUUUCAAAAUAUCCCAAAAAUAUCUCAAAUUCUAAAUGCACAUCCACCCCAUCCUCUCUCCACAGGACACUGUGUCCCGGUUUAAGAUCAGCGUGAGAGAACAGCUGAACAUAAUGAGGUCCUACCUCGAUGUGAUGGAAAAGUCACUGGCUCGGGAGGCAGAUAAAGCAGAACAGUCGGCAACCGCUGCUCUGGUGGGUGAGAGGAAGACCAUGGCACAUUAUCUGGAGCAACUCCGGCAGAUGGAAGGAGUUCUGAAAGAUGUGGAAGAACACGAACAAACAGAGUUCCUCAGGGUGAGUUUUAUCUAGAACCUGAGGGUCUCGACUCUCAUGUAACUAUACAAAUAAAUGGGAACCGCCAUGUUUUCUUGUCAAAAAAACUUACACCACUUUUUUAUUUCCCCCAGAAAAUAAGCGUUGUUGGAUCCAGGUAAAAUACCUUUUUGUUUUCUUAAUCUCUCUGGUCGAUCUCCACUGUAUAAUUCUACUAUCUCUGCACAGAACCUUCCAUAUCCUGUCCCACCAUCUGUAGAGCUCCUGUAUAGAACACCCACUUAAUUUACACUUAAAUAUAUGCUGAAUAUGCCAGGUUCUACCAAGCUUACAGUUUUACAUCUUUGUUGCUUUUUAUAAUAGUCAGAGCAAGAUCUUAACACCACCUAUCUGCCUUGCUAUCCCUGCAUGGACCCUUCUAUUUCAUUUUGUGCAGAUCCUUCUAGAUAGAAUGCCUACUAACCUUCAAAUUCACAUGUGAUUCAUACGCCAAGUUCAACAAAGUUUACAGCUUUGCAUCUCUAUUGCUUUUAUUAAUAGAUUGGGCAAAAUCUUGUCUGAAUCUCCCCCUCCUGGGCGUCUCGACAUCCAGCUCCCCAUCAUUUCUGACGAGUUCAAGUUCCAGGUCUGGAGGAAAAUGUUCAGAGCACUGCUACCAGGUGAGCAUGAGUUUUAGAGGGUGAGUGUAAGGAUGGGUACAGGGUAUGAGUGAGAGAGUGAAAGAGUUAGAAUGAAAGGUUUGAGGUGGAUGUACAUGGAUUACAUACUAAAUCCAACUUUUGUCUACCACCAUUUUAAAUGCCUAUUUAGCAAAUUCAACCAAUCCUGUGUAUGGAGCUGUAUGGAAAAAAAUGUACCAAAACAUAUAUUUGUUCAGUGUUUAUAGUUCCUUUCCCUGACAUUUUUAUGGCAGUUUUUCUUUAUAAAUCUCAGAUACCCUUAGACACAAUUCUAAAGUUAUCUGUCACUCAGUAAAAAAGAGAGAAAUUAAUACACAAAUAUCAUUUUCAUUUAGAGAUGUAUAUAAAAUAUACCCCAGAUAGUUUGCUCAAGCAAUAUGGCUCUUUGUCUCCUGAAGUUGGCCAGGGCCAACAUUUGUGUAGUCAUACCCAGCUCAUUCGUCUUACUCUCUUUUUGUAACUUACCUAAUUGUUCCAGGGCUAGAAAACCUCACAUUCGACCCAGAAGCAGCUCAACAGAACCUAGUCAUUUCUGCAGAUGGAAAAUCAGUAGAGUGCUCUGAGCACAAACAGGCAGUAUCUGAUGAGCCAACUCGAUUUGACAAAGGCAACUGCCUAGUGUCCAAAGAAAGCUUCACUGAUGGAGAACACUACUGGGAGGUCCUGGUGGAAGAUAAACCAAGGUGGUCACUGGGCCUAAUUUCUGAGACAGCAAAUCGCAAAGGAAAACUUCAUGCAAGUCCUUCAAACGGCUUCUGGAUUGUGAGCUGCAAGGAAGGGAAAGUCUACGAGGCUCAUGCCGAACAAAAGGAGCCAAGGGUUCUCCGUGUGGAUGGCCGGCCAGAGAAGAUUGGGAUUUACCUUAGUUUCUCUGAUGGUGUGGUGUCUUUCUUUGAUUCAGAUGACGAAGACAAUGUGAAACUGAUGUACACCUUUCACGAGAGAUUUUCUGGCCGACUCUAUCCGUUCUUCGAUGUCUGCUGGCACGACAAGGGGAAAAAUGCCCAGCCGUUAAAGAUCUUUGCACCUCAGUCUUAAUCACAUAAGCAUUAAUGGCCUUAGGAAUUGGGGUUUGUCAAGGAGAGGUUGGAAUGUUUUGGGAUUUUUUAAGAAUGAAAAAUUAAGGAGUCAAAAAAUAAAUUACUUACCUGACCUGCUUUAUGUUAUGAAGAAUUGCUUGCUCUUCACAAAGUCUAAUAUGUAACCCUUUAUUAAUAAUAGGACUUGGCUGCGUCAAUAUGCAAAUGUGUAGGCAACACAGUUUGUAGGAACUUAGCAACAUUGUAUAGAGCACCAUACACAUUGUCACUAGUAAACCUUAUCCUACAAUAAAUGUAUUUUCUCAUCACAAUUUGUUUGCAAUAAAUGAAGUUAAAUACUGUCUUAUAGUGGGUUUUGAAGGGUCUCUAUUCUCUGUGAUUGCUCCAGGUCUUACCAUAAAAUAUCAUCACAUAUUCCAUAUAUUACGUACAACAUGCCGGCUUCCCUUAAAAACACUGGAACUGAGGGGAAAGUUGCUAACCUGCAAAUUUCUUCUACCAUAGAUUUAGAAUGACCUGGCCCUGUGGAUGCGGGCGAUCUGUAUGUUCCCUGAAAUUUGUUGAUAUUGAUAUCUGAUAUUUUACGGUGUCUGAUCCCAGCUUUCUCUGCUUUGUACCCUGUUAUUUUAGGAACCGACAAGGACAGAAUUCCUAGGAUAAUCAAUGGAAAAAUGGCAAAAAAAAUAUAAAACACAUUACUAGCAGGUGUCCCAUUAGUGAUCAGGGAUUACAAAGUGACAGUCCAGGGC